ACAACAGCGGCAACUGCAACUGCAACUGCAACAGCAACAGCUACAGCAGCAGCAAAAACAACUAUAGCAAGCCUAACAACAAUAACCGCACGCCGCGAAAAUCCAUUCCCUCCUUACCCUCGAAAAUGCCCAACAACCCAACUCCAAAACCCCUCUUUGCUCCUUCCUUUCCCAUCCAAUAAAAAAAUUCCCAUUUUAUCCCUACCGAAUCCUUCCAUCCCAAUCAGCUUCAAUCAAUGUCUCCAUUACUAGCAAUCCUCCUCCACCUUAUUGGGUUCUCUGUAAUUCCUGCAUUAUGCAAAAAUCCGUCGAAUUCGAUGCGUUUCGAGCUCCUUCAUCGCCACCAUCCCAAGCUUCAUGAAAGAAUCCUAACGCCCGAAAAUCGGCUAGAGCACGUUAGAGAGCUCGUCCGCAGUGACAAUCUCCGGAAGCAUUUGAUUUCGGAAAUGCUCGGCCGUAGACGGAGGGCGUGGGAGGUUUCGGAUCCCGACGGUUCCUUCAAAAUGCCGCUGUCUUCCGGGCGGUUUGCCGGCACCGGGCAGUAUUUCGUUAGGUUCCAUGUCGGGACCCCGGCACAGAAGUUCUUGCUCGUCGCGGACACCGGCAGCGACCUGACGUGGAUGAAUUGCCGGUAUCGGUGCCGGAAUUGCAAACGAUCGGGCAAAUCGCAUCGGCGGAUCUUUCUUGCUGAUAAGUCAUCAUCCUUUUCUCCGAUCGAGUGCUCGUCGACAGCGUGUCGGACCGCUCUGCCGUUUUCUCUGACUACGUGUCCGACGCCGGCGAGCCCAUGUGCUUAUGAUUACGGGUAUGUGGACGGGUCAUCGGCCAAAGGGUUCUUCGCAAACGAAUCCUCUACCGUCACACUCUCAAGCGGCCGAAGGACCAAACUCCAUGGCAUUGUCAUUGGCUGCAGCUCAGCUUUCGUCGGGUCCAGCUUCCGCGAAGCCGACGGCGUCUUAGGACUGGGACACAGCAGAUAUUCAUUCUCCGUCAAGGCCACGGAGCGAUACGGUGGUAAAUUCUCAUAUUGUCUGGUGGACCAUCUAAGCCCUAAGAACGUCUCUAAUUAUCUCACAUUCGGGCCCACCAGUGGCUGCAAUCGGACAAUGCGGUUCGCUAACCUCGUGGUCAAGCCACGGAUCGAACCGCUCUAUGCCGUCGAUUUGGUGGGCAUCUCGAUCGGAGGGGUAAUAUUGAAUAUCCCAAGUAUGGUUUGGGAUGUGAACGGUCAGGGUGGUAUGAUUUUGGACUCAGGGACGAGCUUGACCAUGUUGGUCGAGCCGGCUUACCGAGCCGUGUUCACUGCUCUAAGUGAGCCGCUGAGAGUAUUUAAGGAAGUAAAGAUCAAGCCAUUCGACUUGUGUUUUAAUUCGACGUUAGGGUAUAAGGAAGAUCUGGUGCCGAAGCUCGGCUUGCAUUUUGGUGGCUCGGACGGAUCGGCUCGGUUCGAGCCGCCAGUUAAGAGCUACGUGAUCGAUGUGGCCGAUGGGGUGAAGUGUAUAGGGUUUAUGUCCGUUCCGUGGCCCGGUCUUUCCACGAUAGGCAAUAUAUUGCAGCAGGAACACGUGUGGGAGUUUGAUUUGAGGAAUGGACGGGUAGGAUUCGAACCAUCGACGUGUGCUUUGGAUUGAAGAUAUGUUUUUUUUUCCUUGGCUGGCGAAGGGGGAUUUUGUUUUUUAACGGGGGUGUAUUUGUUUUGAGAAAUGAUUAGUUAUUGAUACAAAGCGGCAUAUGGUUGGGAAAUCAUAGCCGUGCAGAAGGUUGGUUUAUAACGAACAUCAUCCAAUGUGAAAACCAGACUGAUGUGAGCAUCAAUAGGCCACACCAUUUAAUCUGGCACAACAUACAAGUAUGGCCUACCUCAUGAAUGGAUCGGCCUGUAUUUGACAAUAGAUGAUCUUCGUGAUGGAUCCGAGCUUUUGAACGGAUCGGAUAUCCUAAAUAUGUGAUGCAUUGGCGUGACGAAUGUGCAGUACAGUAAGAUUAUGGUGCUGAUUGCAGUACCAAAUCAUUUCUCCUCUGUUUUCGUUAUUUUCUUAUUUAAUUAUAUAUGUAAUAAUAAUUAAGAAUGAAAAAAUAA